CACCGCUGACGUUACACCCUGACGAUUGAGUCGCACCAGCAGCAACAUUAACGAUACACAUCAACGGAGGCUGAGUUUAGAUGAUAACCCUUUUGUCAACCUUAACUGAGCAGCAACCCAAUUCAAGAAAAUGAUUCCAGAGUUAUCCAACCCCUCCGUGUGUAUGAGGGACCCUCAUAGGGUCCAGGAGAUACUUCAGUCCAUGGUGAAGGCUGGCUCCAAUACCGUGCAGGUGAUCUCAGAUUUUGACAUGACUCUGACAAGAUUUGCAUACAAUGGCAAAAGGUGCCCCACGUGUCACAAUAUUCUUGAUAACAGCAAACUCAUCUCCAAUGACUGCAAAGAAGAGCUGAAGAAGCUGCUCAACACAUACUACCCUAUAGAGAUCGACUCUUCACGGUCAAUAGAAGACAAACUGCCUCUUAUGGUGGAGUGGUGGACUAAAGCUCAUGAAAUACUGGUACAGCAGGAGAUUAGGAAAGACCUGCUGGCCAUUGUGGUGCGGGAGUCUGAUGCCAUGCUGAGAGAGGGCUACCAGCUCCUUUUUGACCACCUGUAUGAGCACAGCAUCCCUCUGCUCAUCUUCUCUGCUGGAAUAGGAGACAUCCUGGAAGAGGUUAUUCGCCAGGCGGGAGUCUUCCACCCCAACGUCAAAGUCUUCUCCAACUACAUGGACUUCGAUGAGACUGGAGUGUUGAGGGCUUUCAAGGGAGAGCUGAUCCACAUCUACAAUAAAAGGGAAGGUGCGCUGCUCAACACCGGCCAUUUCCAGGAGCUGCGUACGCGGCCUAAUGUGCUCCUGCUGGGAGAUUCUCUGGGAGACCUGACCAUGGCUGACGGGGUGCAGGACAUGGAAAACAUCCUCAAGAUUGGGUUCCUCAAUGACAAGGUGGAGGAGAGGAAACAGUCUUACUUGGACUCGUAUGACAUUGUGUUGGUGAAAGAUGAGACCUUGGAAGUCCCUAAUGCUUUGCUGCUCUACCUUACUGGCAAUAAGUGAAGUGGGAAUAUCACUGGCCCUUUGUAUCUCACACUCCGGUUCCACCAGCUACGGGGGGGCCUCUCCUCAAAGGGCCAGUUGAAGGCUUAUUUACAGCCAACUAGGAAUGUUUCGUGAUCAUUUUAUUUUACAAAAUGAUUCAGCUGUCCAGUCAUUCACAUCACCCUUUAAUAUCUGUGUCGAUGGGCCCGGCUCGUGUUCAUGGUAAAACUUUAUUUGCACCGUCAACCUACUCUGCAGCAUGUAAAGAGUGUGUGUGUGUGUGUGUGGGAGGAGAUUAGUUUUGUUUUGGUCUUGGUCUUCAUAUAGGACGUAAUGAUGAAGGGAAAGAAAAAUGCACAACUUGAAGGGUAGCACUCAACUUAAACUGGUUUGAAACUGGCUUUCAGCCUUUUACAAUAAAGCUUAUUUCCAGCUUAUUUUAACCCGAAAACCUGACGUUUUUAAAAAAGUUUAACGCUUUCUUACAGUGUCAAGUCUUCCAGUUUCUGGCCAUAUUGUCAAGCAUAUGUUUCUAGUUUUUAUGAAAACAAUUUCAAUGCUACCAAGUGGGGAACUAUGACAAUGCCUGACUUUAAGAGUGAAAUAAAUAGGUCAACAAAGAAAGUGGUAGGUCAGUGAGAGGCAACUAACUGCUUCCUCAAAUGUUGUAGUAUUACAAAGAAAAACUAAUAGGAUUUUCAGAAUUGUUAGUAUUUAACAGGUCUUGAAAAAGAUUGUUUUUAAAAGACUGUUACUUUCCACAUUGUUUUAUAAAACUCAUCCAAAAAUAACCUACUUUUUGUAUGUACAUGCAUUUCUAUCUUCAUAUGUUCCAACCCGUCUCAAAUAAAAUGUGCUCCCACCGGUUCA